UCAGGAAUGUUGGAGAGCAGGUUGCAGAAUGAGCGCUCUGGUUCUGUAGGAGAGCGACACUGAAGGAGAGGAUAAGGAGGAAGAUGGGUGACUGCGUCUGCAGCUAGCGAACACACACACAGUGAGUCCUCGCAGUUUUCAUGUGAAUGUGUGAGCAGAAACCUUCCUGAAGAAGCAACAGAAAAAGAGCCAAACAGGAAAGAAGAGAAAUGAAUCUGAACCACACGACCUCCGUUAUUUCAACUCCAAAUGUAAAACCUGAAUUCCCCGGGUACUACGCCCUCCUGCCUCUAGUUGUACUCGCACUCAGCGGCUGCAUAGUGGCAGUGGUUUUCUAUAUGAAAAGGAAAUCAAGAUUAGAUGAGCUGCGCCACCAUCUGAUCCCGGUUUACAGCUACGACCCCUCAGAGGAACAGGAAGACUGGGGAGAUUAUGACAAAGACGAUGAGGAGGAAGAGCUGGCUGAACCUUUGUACAAGGAUUCACAGCUCUCCUUUGAUAGAACAUGAGCAGGAAGGCAAGAAGGAGGAUUUCAACGAGGAAAUUAAAUCUCAUUUUAGUAAUUAUGGUGCAAAGGCCUGACUGACAACAAUGCAACAAACCAUUAAAACUCACCGGCUGCU